GUGGUUCUGUCUCGCGAAUUCUCCAGCUUCUUCUUCUUCUUCUUCUUCGAGUUCUCUGCGGAACCAAAGAGAGAAUAGAAUGCAACUACGAACUCGUAGGCUUCAGUUAAUUUUCCUGUUCCUAUGUUUAUACUCUCUAUUCAUAAACGCUCGUCCUUUCCUCAUCGUCAUCUCCCAAGAUGACCUCAAGGAUGCUCCGCCAGCCGACGACUCGUCGGAUUCUGCCAACUCCGACGCCGCCGAGUGGGACGAGUUUGGUGAACCCGAAUCUCACAAGUCCGAUGAGGAGCUCGACCCCGGUUCUUGGCGCCCCAUUUUCGAACCGGAUUCCCCCGCCUCCGGCCCCGACGCCCCCGAUGAUCUCUACUAUUCUGCGUUAGCGAAAAUGAUGUCGGCGGCCACCUUGGGGGACCUCAGAUCGAUGGAGGAUGCGGUGGCAGAGGUUGAUCAACUUGCUACGGAGACUGGGGAUCCGCACGCCCAAUCGGUGCUAGGGUUAUUGUAUGGGAUGGGGAUAAUGAAGGAGACGAAUAAAGCUAAGGCCUUUAUGUAUCACUAUUUCGCCGCUGAAGGGAACAAGCAAUCUAAGAUGGCAAUUGCGUAUAUUUACUUCAGGCAAGAAAUGUAUGAGAAAGCAGUCAAGCUUUAUGCUGAAUUAGCAGAGGUAGCCAUUAAUAGUUUAUUAGUUUCAAAGGAUUCUCCAGUUAUUGAACCUGUGAGAAUCCAUAAUGGAGCCGAGGAAAACAAGGAUGCCUUAAGGAAGUCUCGAGGAGAGGAGGACGAGGACUUCCAAAUUUUGGAAUAUCAAGCGCAGAAAGGAAAUGCUGGGGCUAUGUAUAGAAUUGGGCUAUUUUACUACUUCGGAUUGAGAGGGUUGAGGCGUGAUCAUGCCAAAGCAUUGUCGUGGUUUUCAAAGGCCGUGGAGAAAGGUGAACCAAGGUCUAUGGAACUGCUUGGAGAGAUAUACGCAAGGGGUGCUGGAGUCGAGAGGAAUUAUACCAAGGCGCUUCAAUGGCUAACUCUUGCAUCCAAGCAGCCAUCAUUUUCUGCUUACAAUGGUAUGGGAUAUUUGUACGUCAAGGGUUAUGGAGUGGAGAAAAACUUUACCAAGGCCAAGGAGUACUUUGAGAAAGCUGCCAAUAACGAGGAGUCUGGUGGUCACUAUAAUCUUGGAGUUAUGUAUCUUAAAGGAAUUGGAGUAAAGCGAGAUGUGAAGAAGGCAUGUAAUCAUUUUAUAGUGGCUGCUAAUGCUGGACAACCAAAGGCAUUCUACCAGCUGGCAAAGAUGUUUCAUACUGGUGUUGGGCUUAAGAGGAAUAUUGCUAUGGCUAGUGCAUUAUACAAAUUAGUUGCUGAACGGGGGCCUUGGAGUUCAUUGUCUAGAUGGGCAUUGGAAUCAUAUCUGAAAAGUGAUAUUGGCAAGGCAUUCUUCUUGUAUGCAAGAAUGGCUGAGCUAGGAUAUGAGGUGGCACAAAGCAAUGCAGCAUGGAUACUUGACAAAUAUGGAGAACAAAGCAUGUGUAUGGGGGAAUCUGGCUUUUGCACAGAUGCAGAAAGACAUCAGAGAGCUCAUUCUCUAUGGUGGCAAGCAUCUGAGCAGGGCAACGAACAUGCCGCUUUGCUGAUUGGGGAUGCAUAUUACUAUGGUCGGGGAACUGAGGUAGAUUAUGAUCGUGCUGCAGAAGCAUACAUGCAUGCCAAAUCCCAACUAAAUGCACAAGCCAUGUUCAACCUUGGUUACAUGCACGAACAUGGCCUAGGCCUUCCGUUUGAUCUCCACCUAGCCAAGCGUUACUACGAUCAAGCUCUGGAACUCGACCCAGCUGCAAAAUUACCAGUCAAGCUGGCCCUAGCAAGCCUGUGGUUAAGAAAGAAUCGUGCCGACAGUUUUAUGGUCCAUGUGAUUGAUUCGUUGCCAGAAGUCUAUCCUAAAAUCGACGCAUGGGUGGAGAACGUACUCUUGGAGGAAGGAAAUGCAACAAUUCUGACCCUGUUUGUGUGCCUCCUUACUGUGCUAUAUCUUAGAGAGCGGCAACGGAGGCAUGCAGCUGUUCGUGUUGCUGCUGAGGCUGCGCCACCCCAUCCCAAUGCCCACAUCGCUGCACAAAAUUAACCGACGCCCAUGCCCAUGCCCACAUCCUGUACUUUUGAUUGAAUUCAUCAAUGCUCAUUUUCUUCCUUUUCCCUCCUUAAUGAGAGGUAUGAGAACCUGUACAGGAACUAUAACUCAACUGCGUGGAAAGAGCUUUUGCGUUCUAGGGAUUUUUCACAACCCAGAUUACAGGAGGAAUUUCAAAACCUUGAUCAUAGAAAACGAGGAUUUUUUUUCUUAGUGAUUUAUUUGUUACGUGACAGUUCCAUUGUAGAUUUGUACGAGGUAGCACUUUGUGUUAUGCUGAAACUAAUCAAAUUUAUUUGAA